AUGGAUUCAAUUUGUGGUCAACUCGUGGCCAAUGACUUGCAGCUGAAGCCAUCACUCACUGAUUGUAUGCUAUGUUUGCCACAGAUAUCUGAGUCGAUGUCCAAAAUGGAUGGUUUACUUCACCGGCAAUUGAAUCGCAUAUAUCGUCGCGAAUGCCACCAAUUGGGCCGCCAUUUAAAUGUCUGCAAACAAAGUAAACCACAAAUACAUAGAAUUAACUGCGAAUCCGAAGAUAUACUCAGCUAUGCGUUGGACGAGAAGUCAUUGCCCGGGAUAUACAUCGCCGCCAAACCUCUCGAGCCCGACAUCAAUGAAUACUUCGAGAUUGAAGUCAUUGAAUGCAGUUCUGCGGCAGAUAUUGCUUUAGGUCUCGUCCCUAAUAAUCACCCUUUGGAUCAAUUGCCGGGUUUUGUGGCCAAUUCUGUUGGCUAUCACGCCGGCGACGGAAGGAUCUAUUUGGGACAUCAAAGGGGAACAGUAGUGGCGGACAAGUGUGAAAUCGGUGACAAAAUUGGUUGUGGCGUUCGCUACGAAACCAUCGAUGGCUCCAAUGAUCCAUAUUUACAAAAAGUCAAUCCAAUCGCGCCGUCAAUGAAAAUGAAAAUUGGUUCGACAAUAAUCACACCAUUGCUGGUGAGGGGAAGUCCUUUAUUUCCUGCCAUUGCGUUGUGUUCUCCGGGAGAGGAAGUGAAGCUCAAUUUGAAUCUUCGUUGGUGUCCGUCCUCUCUGACCAGAAGUAUAUCUGACGAGUCGUUGAUGUGUAUCGAUAGUUAUGAAGACGAUUGGAUGCGAUUGCACGACAUUCGCCUCAAUGGAAAUCUGUUAGAGUACGCGGGUCGGGGCAAAAGCAUUCUCGACGUGGGAUUAGCUCAGGCCAGACAACCGCUCGACACACAGUUCCACUAUUUCGAGAUCGAAAUCAUAGAUCCCGGAGAGAACUGUUACAUCGCUAUCGGAUUAACACGAAAAGAGUAUCCGCGCCACAGUCAUCCGGGUUGGAACAAAGGCUCGAUUGCAUACCACGCAGACGACGGUAAGAUAUUUGUGGGCAGCGGUGCCGGCGAUCCGUUUGGUCCGAGUUGUCAUCGGGGAGACCUAAUGGGCUGUGGAAUGAAAUUUCCGCGUAAUUUCAAUAAUAGCGGUCGAAGUAAUCGAUUGGCAAAAGCUGUCAAAAAGUCAAAUGAAAGCAAUAGUAGCUCUGAAUCUGAAUUAGUGAACGUUUACAGCGAUUCAGACGAACAGUUGGAUGAGUUGUCGCAGUCGUCCCAUUCGGGCGCUGAGAACGACUCGUCCAUUGAAAGCGACGAAAACAAUGACUGCUAUGAAGAGAAGGAGUGGAAGGGUUGGAUGAUUCCGUUGCACAACGAUUUAGUUCCACUCAAUCCCAGGUUUAUGGGCUAUCGUCACAAUUUGGGUCACGUGCCUCCUAUGGCACCCAUAGCUAUGCUUCCGCCGCCCAGUAAUGGCUAUAAUUAUAUUGAAAGACGUGACCAUAAGGUCGAAGAAAUGAAUUGCGGAAAAGUUGAGGUUUUCUUCACACGAAACGGAGUGAUAAUCGGACAAAAAGAGGUGUCGAUACCGAAGGGAGGCUUUUAUCCAACGGUCGGAAUGUUAAGCACCGCAGAGAAGGUUAGAGUAGAUUUACAUCCGCUCACCGGUUAACACAAAUAUCAUAUCUUUAAGGAAUUGUUUAAAUUAUUCUUAUAUUAAAUCUCAAUAUUUUAUUGAAUUUCUUGACUCGUAUUAGACUUUAAAUAUUAUUAUCAUGUUUUGAAUU